AUGCCUCGGAGUCGGAGCCAUCCCAAACUAAGCUCGCCUUGCUCCCCGAAGGCCGUCCACAAGGUCAUCUCCCGCUUCUCCCCCGAGAAGAAGCAGCUCGUGCGGUCAAUCGGUUUCGGGGGCCUGCUGGAGCUGCCACUGCACAGGAAGGUCGGCCACAGGUUCUCCCUGUGGCUCCUCACCAAGGUAGCACGAGAUGCCGCUGGUGCUCAACCUGCAGCAGCCGGCAAAGUAGCCGGCAUACCGUUCUACCCACACGACGUCAGCAAAGUGUUCGGCGUGCCUUCCGGAGGACGCCCGGUGCCCAAGAAGGAUCAGGGUCAGGUGCUGGUCUCCGACGAGGCCAAGGCGACCGUGCGCGGCACGCUCGGCUUGGACGAAGGAGAUGACAGCAGACUCAGAAUCCUGCAUGCUGCAAAGCAUGUACUGAAGAAGAAAUUCCGUCGGGGAAUGGCGGAGAAGGACGGGGCUGCAUUCAAGGUCGCGUUCGUGGUCUUCGUGGUGGAGAAUCUGCUGGCUCCAAGGGAGGUGGACUCUGUAUCCCUGGACUACUUCAUGGCCCUGCGGCGUCCCGAUGAGAUUCAGACGUAUGAUUGGUCCGAGUACGUGAUCCGUGUCAUACUGGACUCUGCCCGCGAAGUUCAGGCCGCUCUCGCUCAGGGGCAGCCCGUGGAGAAUCUGUUUGGGUGCAUUCUUUUCUUACAGGUAGGCACUAGGCAGGGCGUUACACUUGGUUUUUGGGGAUGCAGUGGUUGCUGA